CUCCCGCCCCAACCUCAGCUCGAGCCCGAGCCCCAGCCCGCGCCUCAGCCGCCCUCACACACCCACCGCCCGCCCGGCUCCGCAUCUCGCCGCUCCCAGCAUGGUCAUCAAGGUCUACAUCGCCUCUUCCUCUGGUUCCACGGCGGUCCCCAGACUUUGGGAGGACAGUGAUGUACAGAAGAUAAAAACAAGCUCUCACUGCAUUCUCUUUCUUUGCUUGGGUGCAGCCACUGGUCUGUGGGCUUCGGCGAUCAAAUACCAGUUGAUUAAAAAGCAGCAGCAAGAUGUGUUAGGCUUCUUGGAAGCCAACAAAAUUGAAUUUGAGGAGAAGGACAUCGCAGCUAGUGAGGAGAACCGGAAAUGGAUGCGGGAGAAUGUCCCUGAGGACAGUCGGCCAGCGAGCGGGAACCCCCUGCCCCCCCGGCUCUUCAACGACAGCCGCUACCUCGGGGACUACAGUGCUUUCUUUGAGGCGCGGGAGAACAACGCCGUGUACGCGUUCCUGGGCUUGACUGCACCUCCUGGGUCAAAGGAGGCUGAAGCACUGGCCAAGCAACAAGCAUGAAUUUCAACUGCCUUAAAUGUCUGUAAAGGGAAUUUCCACAGCUUUUUAUAAAAUAGUCCAGCUGCCUCUGCUUCAAGAAAUGUAGAUGUGAUUUCUAACAUUUGAUUGGUGCUUGCAGCAUUCACUAUCCCUAACACAAAUUGAACAAAGGAUGGAAAUGAGGAUUUCAGGGUAGGGAGCGGGAGUGGAUUCUGAUGGAAGCCAAAGCAGACAUGAAUGAGUUACAUUUAGUUUAAACUGUCCUGGCAAUUUGUCCAUUUUGUGUAAACUUAAAGAAACUAUUUUAGUACUAAAAAUGCAGAUGGGUGUUACCUAAAGAUCCAACUAUUUAAACUAUGGAAAACAGUAUCUAAAACCUCAUCAGAUACUAAUUUAGUGCCUGAGUUGCCUCAAAAAUGUUGCUGAGUUACACAGUAAAUUUUCAGUGUCUUUCCUGGUUUCAAAUGAAUUUGUAGGUGGUACCGUGUAGUUUAACCAUUGUAGUCACUUUGGAAAGUUGUUUGUCUUCUGUAGAAUGGAUAUUUAAGGUUUGUAUUGCUACACACUAUACAGGUGAUAAAACCCCCAACAAACCCCAUGUAUUUCUCAUUUAAGUGAUCUGUGUGGGCUCUUAGGACAAAAAGGGCAAUGGACAUGGGUCCCUCACAGCUGCCUAAGCAGGAGCGAUGACACAUCUAGGGCAAGAUUCGAUGUUGCAAACAAGCCAAAACAGCUAUAAAUGGCCUUUCCCUACCUGUGUAAGGGUGAAAGCCUUUAAGGUAUUUCUCUACAAAAAUACCAGUGCACACUGCUUGGAGCAUUAAACAUUUCGCUGCAUGCUCAAGUAGCUAUUAGGUUCAUAUAGUUUUUUUUCAAAUGAGGAAAUAAAUGUUUGAAUAGCAAAAGUUAUUGUAAUUAAGCAAGAUUUCUUUUUUUUAAGGUUUAAAAUCUUCAUUUCCAUUCUUAUUGCCAUAUCAUAGAGCUAUUACAGGAAUUGCAAAUCUCUCAGUGUCUUGUGUGGGUGACUUUACCACAUGCAAUAUUAACCUGUGUGUUCUCCCAGUGCUCAUGAGGGAGCCUGUAAUUCCAGGCCGUAUUUUAAUUCCUGGUUUAUCAUUUUGGGAGCCUGGGAAGCAGUUGGAAGCUUGUGCUUACAAAAGCAGCACAGCAUCAGGAGGCAGAGGGAUGAAUGGAUGCUGCCUUACCUUAAAGAUUAACACACACAAAACUGUGCUUUUUUAUUAACAGCUUUUGUCAGGAAUUACUGCAAUUCUGUGAAAUUUAAGACCUUUUGGGGAUGGAAGUUUGGUUAUGUUUUAAAUCCAGCACCAGAUUUUGGUUGUUCACUAUGAUUUCAUCUUUCGGAACGAGGUUGUUUUUCUUUCUUAAUAUUGGCUGAAUCCUUCUCUGUGUCUAAAUUCCUGCUCACGUUUUUGGGAACUAUGGAAUACUAAAGGAAGUGUGGUAAGGAAAGUGGGAUGUGACACACAAGUCUCCAUAUGCACACCAGUUUGCUGUGUUUCCGGUACAAGUUUGGUGAAUUACAGCCAUUAUUUUGGAGGAGCUGUAAUUAAAAGUUGCUGCCAAAUUCUGUCAGUUCAGCGACCCAAAACAUUCUGAAACUAGGUCAAUCCCUCUCAACGGUCAAGAAAAUUGCCAAGUUUAAGAAAGCAAAGUCACUGCCCUUGUCUGUCCCCCUCUUGCCAUAUGGGAGCAUUCAAACUAUCAGCAUUCCUAAGGCAGCUCUGGUGAGCCAGGCUGAAUUAUUCCUUUGUCCAGGGAACAAGGAACCGACACAAACUGAAAAUACCAAAAAUAUCUUUGUUGUGUGUGCAAAUCUUGAGUUUUUUGAUGCAGAUCUCUUGCAUGACUUUAGGAGUGCUAGGAAUCUGUUACCUCUCUGCUGGUUUUCUGUUUCCAUGGGUGCAAGAACUGAAUUGAUUCUUUUCUUUCUUUUUUUUUUUUCCUAUGGAGAAAGCAGGCAUUGAGGAUUUAACCUGUAUGUUAACCAUUCCUGUAUCAUUCCAAUAAAGUUGUUUUGGAACACUUUCUCACUCCA